CAAUUUGACUUACGUAGUACUUUUCCAAUGGAGAGGACAUGCGUUUAUGGGUUAGGACGUAAAACAUAGAAAAACAAGAAAUAAUUGAUAAAAAAUUAUACUAUCAUGGAUACAGACGGUUUCCAAGUGAGAAUAAUCGAUAAUGAAAAGGGAAAAGGUCUUUUCGCAACACGUGUUUACAAAGAAGGCAGCAUAAUAUUUGAAGAAAAGCCAAUAGUGUGUUGUCAAUUUUCUUGGAAUGCAGAAUAUGGAUAUUUGGCAUGUGAUAAUUGUUUAAAACCUUUAGAAACUGCCGAAGAAAAUGCUCGUAGACUAACUAGUAAACCAGAUAUAAUUCUGCCACAUAUGGAAUGUUGUGAAACGGAAAAAAAUUUGGUUACAGAAUGUUCUGCUUGUGGAACAAAAUAUUGUAGCAACGAAUGUCAAAAAGAAGCAUUGGAAAGAUAUCAUAAAGUAUUAUGUUUACAAUCAAGGAAUAAAAAUGAAGAUCAUCCAUUGUUACAAUUAAAUGAAACAUGGAAACAAAUGCAUUAUCCACCUGAAACAGCAACGAUAAUGUUAUUAGCUAGAAUGAUUGCUGUUGUUAUACAAACUUCUGAUCAAGGAGAUAUUUUGCAAACUUUUUCUCAAUUUUGUCAUCGUACUGUAAAUGACACUCAUGAAAUAGCACAUAAUCUAUUAGGUGAAAAAUUUAUUGGACAGAUUGAUGUAUUAAGACAGAUGUUACAGAAGGCAUUAAAUAAUGAUUAUACAUCGAAUUGGUUUACACCAGAAGGAUUUAGAAGUUUGUUAGCUUUAGUAGGUACUAAUGGUCAAGGAAUUGGAACAAGUGCAUUUGCUCGUUGGGUGAAGAAUGUUAAUGUUUUAGAAUUACCUGAAGAUGAAAGAAUACAUGUGGAUAAAUUUAUUGAUAGACUUUAUGAUGAUAUGGAAGAAGUGGUUGGUUCAUUUCUGAAUAAUGAAGGUUCUGGACUCUAUGUCCUUCAAUCAACAGUAAAUCAUAGCUGUUUAUCAAAUGCAGUUGUUGAAUUUCCUUAUUCAAAUAAUACCUUAGUAUUAAAAGCUAUUCGUGAUAUUCAACCUGGAGAAGAAAUUUCUAUAAGUUAUCUUGAAGACUGUGAACUUAUAAGAAGUAGACACUCUAGACAAAAAGCUUUAAGUUCUUUGUACUUGUUUAUUUGUUCUUGCGAAAGAUGUCAAUCACAGGCUGGAGAUCCUGAUGAAACAUCUGAUGAUGACGAAUAUAUGUAAUCACGAUAUAUUGAUUAUAUUAUUUAUAGCUAUGUUGACAUAUUAAUAUAAUUGAUAUUAAAAUAUCAAUUAUUUUCUAACACAUAUUAUAUGGUGCUUUAAAAUUAUUUAAGUCAUUAACAUCUGCAAAUAAUCAAUCCACUGUAACAUAUAUUAUAAAUAGUACAUACCACUCAUUUUUACAUUUAAAUCGACUUUAAUAUCAAAUUAAUAAUGACAAUGAAUCAUAGAUUAUAUUAAU